UUCUUGUGUCAGUUUGGUUUAUUGUUUGUUAUUGAUGUAUUAUUUUGUUUGAGAAUGGAAGAUUUGUUUAUAUGAUAAUUUGAAUCGGCUUCAAAAAUUAAUAAUUAAAAUAAUCCACUCGAUGUUAACAUGAAGAUAACAAUAUUUCUAGACAGAAGACAGGUCUUUUAUAAUAGUUUCGAGGAAUGCAAACUUUAUGUUGAAAUUUCCUAACCUAAAUAAAUAAUGUUUAAAGAUAAAUCGAAUAACAUCUUUUUGUUGUUGUAUUUUCAUGAAAAAGUGAUGAAUUGAGAAACAAAUAUUUAUGUAUAGCAGAGAAUUUGACUAAAUCUUCGUUGACAAAUAAUGGAGUUUCCCAAAGACAAUGAAGUUAUUCCUGGUAGUAGUUUCCAAAAUGAAGAGGGUGUCAGAAGCUGUAGGUUUAAAAAAAGACAAAGUGAUCCAACUUGUUGUCCAGUUUGUAGUGUAACUAUAAGAGAAUCUGAAAUAAAUUUGCAUUUAAAUUCAGAAAUUGAUAAACUUAAUAAACUUCACAAUACAAAAUCCAGAAUUAAUACUAAAAAUAUACCAAGUUCAUCAAAUGGGCCAUCAAAAAGUUCUGACAAAAGCUGGGAAACUUUUCAAAAAGUUCGUUCAAACAGACAAAGUAGGCACAGAACAAGAACUAGGAAAAGAAAGCCUGAAGAAAUAUGCCCAGUGUGCAAUAAAGAGGUGAAUGAAGAUUUAACUUUACAUGUUGACUUGUGUCUUAGAAGAUCUGAAACUAAUGGAAGUGAAAGUGAUGAAAAUAUUGAUGUUGAAGCUUUUGAAGAAUAUGAGUGGGCAGGACAGUCUCGUAUUCGUGCAACAAGUUUGUUAGAAGGGGGUAUUUCUAACUUGGGAACUUCAGUGACUAUGGCAGAUGAGGAUGAAGAUUUAAAUGUUGAUGUGGAUGACGUUCCAAUGUAUGGCUCACCACAAUAUUCUGAAAAUGAUGUGAUAUUUCCUUGUGAAACUCCUGAAAAUGUAGCACUUCGUAAAGCUGUAACGGGCAUUGAACCAAAAAAAUGUUCACCAAAUAGAACUGACAUUGAAGUUGCUGAAACCAACGGAGAUCCUAUUUUAGAAGUAUUAAAAAAUAGAAUUAAGGAACUAGAGAGCAAGGAUUCUAAUAAAGAAGGAGUGUUUAAGUGUUUGAUUUGUAUGGAGCAAUAUCGAACACCAGUUAUUUCUGUAUGCUGCUGGCAUGUUCAUUGUGAAGAAUGUUGGUUAAAAACUUUAGGAGUGAAAAAAUUAUGUCCCCAAUGUAAUAUGAUUACAUCUCCUUCUGAUUUAAGAAAAAUCUAUAUAUAAAUAUAUCCAUUUCUUCAGUUAUCUUAUCUUGAUUUAUAGUAAAGGUUUUGUUUGUUAUUUUUUACUAAAAAUAAAUAUUUUUUUACUGAACAA